GCCUAGCCGCCCACGCCUUGGACGUGAAGCAUUUUUUUUUCUUGAUCGAAGCCGCCGGUCCCCUCUCCCCAGGUUGAGCAAUUUUCCACUCCACCGUGGGGGAGCGGAAGCGAAAGCAGUCCUCCUGCCGAAUCGUAACGCAGCCACGCUAAAAGACGAGGGACGGCGGCGGCGCGGUCAGUCAAACCGCUCCCUGGCAGCGCCUUGCCGCUCCGCAAGGCCCGGCCCGCUCUCCCCAUUGUUGCCGCCCUUUUUAACCACCAGUACACCACCUCCUCCUCCCACCGCUAUUAAAGUCCCGUCCGCGGCUCCGCCCUCCUCUGUGUCUUCCUUCCACCUGAAAACCCAACCCACACGCUCGCGCCUCCGCGAAGAAAAACACCGAGGCCCAUGGCGCCGAGAACGUCAGAGAGAGCGAUGACAUCGGCGGCCGCGGGGCUCGCGCGUGGCGCCGGCCCGCACUACAGAGGCGUCAGGAAGCGGCCGUGGGGCCGGUACGCCGCGGAGAUCCGCGACCCGGCCAAGAAGAGCCGCGUGUGGCUCGGCACGUUCGACACGCCCGAGGACGCCGCGCGGGCCUACGACGCCGCCGCGCGCGAGUACCGCGGCGCCAAGGCCAAGACCAACUUCUCCUUCCCUGCGUGCCUGCCGCUCGCCGCCGCGGACGUGGCCGGCGCCUGCCGGAGCGGCAACAGCAGCAGCACCACCACCACCACCACCGUCGACUCCUUCGGCGGCGACGUGCAGGCGCCGCCCAUGCAGGCCAUGCCGCUCCCACCGUCCUUCUGCGCCACCGGCGCCGUACGCUUCCCUUUCAGCAGCUACCCCGUGACGCACCCGUAUUACUUCUUCGGGCAGGCGGCAGCAGGGUGCCAUAUGCUGAAGCUGCCACCGACGACGGUGACUGUGGCUCAGAGCGACUCAGACUCCUCGUCGGUCGAGGAUCUGUCGCCGUCGCCGUCGCCGUCGCCGCCGGCCGCCGUGUCAGCGACGAGAUCCGCCACGUUUGAUCUCGACCUCAACUGCCCACCGCCGGCCGAGGCGGAGGCAUAGUCGCGGAGUUUUGCUGAAUGACUGCCUGUAGUUUCUUCCUUUCUUUCGUCUUUUAUCCGUAGAGAGAAUCGGUAGGCUUAGGACCCCUUUGUAUUCACACGGUGUCACGGCCACACCUCCGAACUCUGGUACUCUGAUAUUUAGAGUGAAACUACGAACACGUGGUUUAAAUGGUUCAAAGUUAACUCUAUAUGGUUUA